UCUGGAGCUUCGCCCGAUGUACACACUGGAUUUUGACUAUGAAAAAGUGCCGCAAACGGGGGAGAGGGGUGGACUUUGUCGUGCAGGAAGCGUAUUAAUUCGUUUUAGCCUCGGAGAAUGAAGAAAUAUUGUCUGUGGGGAAGCUAGUUAAUGGGGUAUUUAAAUAGCACCAGCAGUGGUUCUCUUAUAACUAUUCCCCCCCCCUUUUUUAAUUUUUUUUUUUUGCUAUCCUUGCGCCUGUAAAAUCUUGAUAGUUCUUCACCAGAACGAAAGUUGCUUUUCGGCCUGUGGAGUGAAAUGUCCUCGGUGUUUUGUGCUGCUCUCUGCCCUGUGUGUGUCUGUCAGCUGGAGCCUACGUGCGAACUUGCUCUGGCGGUGAUGUAAAGCGGCACGUAGUCUGCAGGGCCCCGCGUAUCGGACUCCCGUGAUCAAAAUAUAGUCCCGGGGGAGAGAGAGUGGGGUUUUGUUACACUCCUGAUUUUAUCGCUCCUGUGCGGAUACGCAGCUGUAAUUUGCAGGCAUGACGUUAGCCGGAGAGCAAAACGACUUAACGGGAAAAAAGGGGACGUGUUCUCGUUUGACAUGAUUAAUCUGAGGCUCAACUUCCCUGCAGCGGGAUUAGGACCGUCCGGGUUUAGCAGGAGGACAUGGGUAAAACUUUGCACAUUCUCCAGAAAUCCGCAGAACGUGUGCCGACUGCAAUCUCGCUGGAUGUGAGUUUAAAUAUGGACGAAGCGGAAGAUUUCACGGAGCAGCCGAUCGUUGGGCUUUCGGACAAAAUACCUCUAGUGAAACCCUAUUUCAGGAAGAAACAGAGGAAAUUGGACCACAAAUGCCUCCAGCGCGCCCUGGACCCGAUACUGACUAGUUUAUUGAGCACGGAUACUCUGGUGUCCGGGGAUGGGGUGUUUGUUCCCCGCAGCCAGCCGGGCAGAACUCCGGGCACCCUGUGCGCGGCGGCGGUGGUGAAGCAGAGCUGCGUGGGGCAGGUGUGUCUCAAAGACCCGGGAGCCGCCGAGAAUGCAGCGGCUGCGACCGGAGUCCAGGGGUUGAUGAGCCGGGACGUCGACGUGGAGAUAGCCGAUACUACUGCGGAGCUAGAGGAAACGGAGCGGCCCCAGCUGAAAGCUGGCCUCCGAGCUGCUGAGAGCGCAGAGACAAUCCCACCCUCAGAGAGGGAUAUACCUCCCAUAGUCACACCCCAGGUUCCUCACCAGGAGGGGAGCGUCAUCAAAAGCAAAGACCUCCUAACCUCUGGCGCUAAAAGUGUUUCAGUGAAAGACUCCUCUGCGAUCCAGGACCCCCACUCCCAGCUCCUGCAGCCAGACAAAGGGGUGCUGUUCCAGAAUAAAAGCGAAGAGGCCUCCCUGGACCUAGUGUUUGAGCUGCUCACUCAGCUCCAGUAUCACACGCACCAGUCGGACUCUGUAGACAUUUGUGUGGAUUUCCUCCAGGGACGGUGUGUUUUUGGGAACGACUGCGCCCACCACCACACCGUGCUGCCCUACCACUGGCAGAUCCGCAGGAGCAACACUCAGACAUGGCAGAGCAUAGCAGACGAUUCCCAGGAGCAGCUGGAGAGACUGUACUGCAACCCAGACCAGGAACAAGUCCGGCUCAAGUAUCAGGGCCGGGUGUUUCUGCUGGAGUUUGCGACGAUGCGAGUGUGUGACCUGGAGUUCGACUGCGUCCGACGGCUGACCACUCCCCCCUGCCCUCUUCCCGUUCCUGCAGCGAACCCUAACUCCACCCCGAGCUGUCACACAGUGUGGAAGUACUACUGCAGAGACAACAUUGGUUGGAGGGAAUACUCUGAGCCGGUGGUGAAGCUCAUCGAAGAGGCAAGUUCGAGGGGUCUUAAGGAGGUCCGAUUCAUCACGCUACAGAACCAGUAUAUCCUCAACAUCAAGGAGGGCUUCCAGCAGAAUGCUGUCUUCGGCUUCAGACGGCAGAUCAAGAAGCGACCCAUGUUCAUGUCGUCUGUGAUCCUCACACCGCACCUCCAGACUUUGGGUGGUCUCUCCUUACCCGCUCUCCCCUCCACGUCCGCGCCUGCACCGACCCCGAUGGACGUCUCCUCGUCACAUCCCCUCUCGCCGACAUCAACCAACCCUCCUAGCCUUUUUCCAGAGACAUGGCUGCCCAUGCCGAUGAGCCAGGACUUCUUGCGGGUGCCCGUGUCGCGCGAAGACCGCAGCUACAGGACGGUGUACAGCCUGUUUCACAAGACAGUAUCAGAAACCAAGUUCAGGAUCAUCAAGAUCCAGCGCGUCCAGAACCCCUUCCUCUGGGAGAAGUAUAAGAGGAAGAAGGAGUACAUGUCACGCCGCAUGUCUGAGAUGGACCGGCUGCUGAGCGAGCGCCACCUCUUCCACGGCACCUCGGCCGACGUUGUGGACGGCAUCUGCAAGCACAACUUUGACCCGCGCGUCUGCGGCAAGCACGCCACCAUGUUCGGCCAGGGCUCCUACUUCGCUCGCAGGGCCUUCUACUCCCACAACUUCUCCAAGCGCUCGCCCAAGGGAGUCCACUGCAUGUUCUUGGCCAAGGUCCUCACUGGCAGGUUCACCGUAGGAAACUCCUCCAUGCGCAGACCUCCACCCAUCAACCCUCGGGACCCCUCCAGUGACCUUUAUGACUCCUGUGUGGACAACUGGGUGGACCCCCAGAUUUAUGUCAUUUUUAACGACGACCAGAGCUACCCUUACUUUAUUAUUCACUACGAGGAGGUACCCAAUACAGUCGCCAUAUAAGUCCUGCAUCAGAGCUUUUGGCGUCUGUGCUUGCAAAUGCUUGUGAGUCGCGGUCUGCACGCGCCCCGUUAAGGUAACAGAUGGACUGGGGUUUUUAUGAAGUUUUAAAAAGGACCAACUAAAACCAAAUGAUCCAACCAACUCUGUUGGAGUGUUGCGGUCCAGCGCUGCCCAUCUGGUACUUUAAACAGGUGAAAGCAGACCAGGAGAUGCUUGCAGAUGUUCGGCGAUUCGCAACGUCUGUCAACUGGACUGCAUUAGACCAGAUUAAACUGGACUAAACUGGAUACUCAAAGGACAGCUUCUCUUGGUGUUAAGACUUGAGUGGACUUACCGCACCUAAUGAAUCAGGAUCCCAUGGAUGUUCAUCACUGAGCCAAAGCAGAUUUGAUUUGUUUUCUUGCUUUGGAGCAAACACAGAAAAAAAAACUAAACUUUGUCCUUUUUAUUAUUUAGGAUUAAUGUGUACAUGAAUAUGUUUAGAGGACAAACACUGUCAGAGACGGUUAAUAUCCUGCCUGUACUGUGAAUGACCAGCUAGUGAAAUUACAACGUUAAGGAAUCAGAACUCAGCCAAUCAGAUUCCUCAGUAGAGAAAUCAUAGUUCCUUUCACCCAGCCUCCUGCCCGUACAUGUUUUAUUUAAACUCUGUGCUGCGUGUUUGAACCUCUUGAUCUAGUGGACGUUGAUCUCGUGGCCUAUUCAUCCAGACAAUGGAGACGAGUCUCACUGUAAACCUCCUGGAAGAGGAUUCCCGUGAAACUGCUCCCAGUCGCUCGACUUUUCUUCACUCCCGGCUA